AUGGUGACGGAGAUCAUGGCCGACACGUCGCCGGCAUUUGGCGGACCUCCGACGGGGACAUCAACCACCGCGGCCGAAGCUCGACGUCUCCAAUGGUCAGCUGCCAUGCUCCUCCUGGUGUUUCUUGCCGCCGGAGCUCCGGCGUCCGCGGCCGGGCGCAGGGAGGUUGUGACCUCGCUGCACGGCGCCGUGGCAGCGGACGACGGGCGGUGCUCAACGAUCGGGCGUGAUGCGCUCCGGAGGGGCGGCAAUGCCGUGGACGCGGCCGUCGCGACGUCGCUAUGCCUCGGCGUCGUGAGCCCCGCGUCCAGCGGCGUCGGCGGGGGAGCGUUCAUGCUCGUCAGACUCGCCAACGGCACGGCAGUCGUCUAUGAUUCCCGCGAGACCGCGCCGUUGGCCGCCACAAAGGACAUGUAUGGCGGCAACCGGACGCUGAAAGCGAGGGGCGCGCUCUCCAUCGGGGUCCCCGGCGAAAUCGCGGGCCUCUACGCGGCAUGGAAAGACCACGGCAAGCUCUCAUGGAAGAGCCUGGUGACGCCGGCCGCGAAGCUCGCCGAGGCUUUCACGAUAUCGCCGUACCUGCAGAUGCAGAUGGAAGCGACUAGAGCCGGCAUCCUCGCAAACGCCGGGAUACGCGCCGUGUAUGCCCCGAAUGGGGACAUCCUCAAGGUAAACGACACGUGCUACAACGUCGCCCUCGCGAGGACGCUCAAGGCCGUCGCGGCGAGAGGGCCGGACGCCUUCUACAGGGGACCGGUGGCGAGUCAGCUGGUGAAGGACGUGAGGGAGGUUGGAGGGAUCAUGACCACGGAUGAUCUGGAGAAUUACCAGGUUAAGGUGCGGCGGCCGCUCUCGGAGAGCGUCAUGGGCCUUACAGUGCUCACCAUGCCCCCUCCUUCUGCUGGUGGUGCUGGGAUCAUGCUGGUUUUGAACAUCCUAUCUCAGUAUGGAAUUUCUGGUUUCUCUGGCUCUCUUGGGAUUCAUCGUCUUAUUGAAUCCUUGAAACAUUACAUGGCAAUAAGGAUGAAUCUCGGAGAUCCUGACUUUGUUGAUGUUAGUGAGGUUGUGGCUGAUAUGGUCUCUCCUGAGUUUGCAGCUGAGCUGAAGAGAACAAUUUACGAUAAUAUGACAUUUCCCCCACAAUAUUAUGGUGGAAGGUGGAACAUCCUCGAGGACCACGGUACGAGCCACUUAUCCAUCGUCGACUGCGAGAGAAACGCAGUAUCAUUGACGAGCACCGUGAACUCCUACUUCGGGUCCCUGAUCCUGUCCCCGAGCACAGGCGUCCUGCUCAACAACGAGAUGGACGACUUCUCCAUGCCGGCGAACACCUCUGCCGGCUCUGCGCCGCCGGCUCCCAACAACUUCGUCGCCCCUCUGAAACGCCCUCUCUCUUCCAUGAGCCCAACCAUCGUCCUCAAGGAUGGGGAACUGAAGGCUGUGGUGGGCGCCAGCGGCGGCGGCAUGAUCCCUGCAGGGACAGUCGAGGUGUUCCUGAACCACUUCGCCAGGAACAUGGACCCGUUGUCCUCUGUGAUGGCGCCGCGGGUUUACCACCAGCUGAUCCCGAACGUGGUUCAGUACGAGAACUGGACGACGGUGACCGGCGACCUCUUUUUGCUGGACGCGGCGACGAGAGCCGACCUUCUGAACAAAACCCACGAACUGAGGCCGCUCGCCGGAGGAACCAUAAGCCAGCUCGUGGUGCACAAUGUGGAGAGUGGCGGGGACCUGACCGCCGUGAGCGACCCGAGGAAAGGCGGCGUCCCGGCCGGCUAUUGAGCUAGUUUCAUACGACGUACGGGCCGCUCUGGCUGCCAUCAGAUUAAGCUACACGCGCGCGAUUCUUGUAUU